GAGUCUUUCAGGCUGCCCAGUCCGCUUGCGCGGCUUCGGGUGCGAGCCAAUAGUGAGGGGCGCCGGGAGCGAGGCUCGGGGGGCGGGGCUGAGCGCGGCCGCAGCCAUUUUGGUCGAAGAGAAACAAUAGGACGGAAGCGUCGCGGGACCGGGCUGUGGCCGCAGAGUGCCCUCGCCUGUACAAACCUAAGAGCAGAGAACACACAGACAGACGUAAGGACAGGCAGUAAACGGAGGACGCGCUGGCCGCUGGACACCGCUGCCUCCCCUUUCUCCCUGCUGCUUGUGUCCGGAGGAUGAGCCCAGCCUUCAGGACCAUGGACGUGGAGCCCCGCACCAAGGGCGUCCUCCUGGAGCCCUUUGUCCACCAGGUUGGGGGGCACUCAUGUGUUCUCCGAUUCAACGAGACAACCCUGUGCAAGCCCCUGGUUCCGAGGGAGCAUCAGUUCUACGAGACCCUCCCAGCUGAGAUGCGCAAAUUCACUCCCCAGUACAAAGGUGUGGUAUCCGUGCGCUUUGAAGAAGAUGAAGACAGGAACUUGUGUUUAAUAGCAUAUCCGUUAAAGGGGGACCAUGCAACUGUGGACAUUGUAGACAAUUCAGACUGUGAACCAAAAAGUAAGCUGCUAAGGUGGACAAACAAAAAACAUCAUGUCCUAGAAACAGAAAAGAGUCCUAAGGAUUGGGUGCGUCAACACCGGAAAGAGGAGAAGAUGAAGAGUCAUAAGUUAGAAGAAGAAUUUGAGUGGCUAAAGAAAUCUGAAGUCUUAUACUACAGUGUAGAAAAAAAGGGAAAUAUAAGUUCCCAGCUUAAACACUAUAACCCUUGGAGCAUGAAAUGUCAUCAACAACAGUUACAGAGAAUGAAGGAGAACGCAAAGCAUCGAAACCAGUACAAAUUUAUCUUACUGGAGAACCUGACUUCCCGCUACGAGGUACCUUGUGUCCUGGACCUCAAGAUGGGCACACGCCAGCAUGGCGAUGAUGCUUCAGAGGAGAAAGCAGCCAACCAGAUCCGGAAAUGUCAGCAGAGCACGUCUGCAGUCAUUGGUGUACGCGUGUGUGGCAUGCAGGUGUACCAGGCAGGUACUGGGCAGCUCAUGUUCAUGAACAAGUACCAUGGGCGGAAGCUUUCGGUACAGGGCUUCAAAGAGGCUCUUUUCCAGUUUUUCCACAAUGGGCGGUACCUGCGCCGUGAGCUCCUGGGCCCUGUGCUUAAGAAGCUAACUGAGCUCAAGGCCGUGUUGGAGCGACAGGAAUCCUACCGCUUCUAUUCAAGUUCCCUGCUGGUUAUUUACGAUGGCAAGGAAUGGCCAGAAGUGACCCUGGACUCAGAUGCCGAGGACUUGGAAGACCUCUCGGAAGAGUCUGCCGAUGAGUCUGCUGGCGCCUAUGCCUACAAACCCACUGGUGCCAGCUCGGUGGAUGUGCGCAUGAUUGACUUCGCACACACCACCUGCAGGCUGUAUGGCGAGGACAGUGUGGUGCAUGAGGGCCAGGAUGCUGGCUAUAUCUUUGGGCUCCAAAGCCUGAUAGACAUUGUAACAGACAUAAGUGAGGACAGUGGGGAGUGAGCUUGCUGACUACUCUAGUGCCUGAGACUCUGUGCCCCACAGCUGUGCUGUCGGGGGAGGCCAGUGUGACCAGGUGGUGGCCCCUGCAGCCUGGAGCUGAAAGACAGUGGCCUCUGUGACCCCCUAGCCUGAGCCAGUCCCAGCUGUGCUCAGAGUCUGUUAUUUAUUUUAACUAUUUCUUCAACAUUCCACAUUUGAUGAUGCAGAUACCUCUUCCUUCCCUGAGUGUAAAUGUUCUAAUACAGAUCUUUUUGUUUAUUGUAAA